ACUCCCUGAGGAGCCUGAGGGCCGGCUGGGUGCUGGGCUCCUGGCUAUCCCUGUGAUGGUAGCUCAGCGAGAUCUGGGGACCUGGCGCUGAGCGCGUUGCCAGCCGGGAUCUUCCUCUUCAUCUAGACCUGGACGCUGGCGUGAGAACUCGGACUGGGUCCUGGACGAGCGCCCCCCGAAACUCCUUGGAACCUUGAACAAGUAAAAUGCAGGGUAGUGAUGUCGCUUUGCUGGAGUGCUUUCGUGUCAGAAGCCAUAAAGGGACACGGAGGCUGAUUACGGUGUUCCUCUCCCUAUCAUACUCUGUAAACAAAGUCUGCUAAUAAAGAUAUCACCAAAGGUUAAAGAGAAAAUCAUCUAGAGGAAAUGCUGGCAGUAUGGCAUGUGUUCUUUUACAAAUCUCUACAGCAGAUUCUCUCGUUUUAGGGACUAUCCAGAUUAUGAUUGGCAUCUUUCACAUUUUCAUGUGGUACUUUCUAUUGGUUUUGUAUAUGGGACAAAUUAAAGGAGCCUUUGGAACGUAUGAACCUGUAACUUACAAAACAGGAUGUACUUUAUGGGGAAUUUUUAAAAGGAACACAUUUAUUCUUUCAUAUCUCUAUUGUAUCUUAGUGAAAAAUGCCACGAAAUCGUCUGUGGAUAAGAGAGGAAACAAUGUUGGGGUUUAUCUUCACGGGAGCAUUUACAGUAUCGUUAGAAAAGAUAUGUUCACCAUUCUUGGAAGUGAGGUGAAAGAACAAGAAAUUAGAAUAAUUGUGUAUGUAAAUGCUAGGAGAUUGACUUCUGGAAUGGCAGACUGAGAACUCCAUGAAAUCGUUCUUUAACAAAAACAGAGAAACCACUGGCAAAACAACCAAAAGUAAUGAUUUCAAAGCAUUGGAAAUUAAUCAAAGCCACAGCUGAAACAGAAAAUUAUCUAAGAGAUACUAGUAAACCUCAGAAAAACGGAGAGAUCUAUAAUGUUUUAAUUUGAGGCUAAUGUCCAUCCCCUAUCCCUUCAAGCUCCUUGGCAGAGUAUGUAUGAAAAACCAGCAGUAUAGCAACCAGCUGAGAGGACCGACAUCAUGUGAUGCUCUAUUAAAAGUGCCAUCAUCUGAGCACAGUCAAUAUUUUGUCUGAAACUGCACCUCUGUUCCCAGGAUAUUUUGGCUAUUUUUUGGAUAAAGAUUUCCGCUCAGUGAAAACAAAGUCCUACCACUAGAUGGCUUAAACACUAUCAAUCUGCUAGCAAUAGCACAGCUUAAUAAGGCUAUGAAUUCAGGUACAAUAAGGGCUUCAUCAGAAAUUUAAAAGACGAUCCUGAAUAACUAGAUAAUCAUAAGGAGCUUUGAAAAGCUCUGACAUAUUCUUGGAGAUCUAAAGUCCCUCACAAAUAUGGAAAGCUAUGUGCAUGCCCAGGAAGCAACAAAGAAAGAAGAAAGGCCCGCCACUCAUUUACCUCUGGCUGACUAUGAGGCCCUAGGCAAGGAAGAAGCGAAAGCUGAAGCUGUCUUAUAAACUAACUGAAGUUUUAAGCAUAUAUUCUCAUACACACGCUCCUUGGCAAAGGAUUAUUGACUGACAUUAAAUUACACUGAGCCAGGGAUGGCUCCUAGGAAGCAGAUAACCCAUGGGCUUGACAUUGAGGGAAUAAAAUAUUUACAGAAUUAAUCCAGGAAACUUAACAAAGAAAAAGGAAUAAGAAAAACAACAACAAAAGCAAAAAUAGCAAACCCUGGGGGUGGGGAAGCAAUUAAAUACCAAAUAUGCUACAAUGUCUUAUGUUAAAUGUCAAUUUUUCUAAAAAACAUAAAACAUGCAAGGAAACUAAAACAUAUUUUACAUACACAGGAGAAAAAAAGCAACCAACAGAAAAAUAUUCCUAUG